GGAGAUGGGUAGGGGAGUAGUAUUUUCAAGGCCGUCGAUAGCGUUGGGAGAGAUUGGUGGGGAAGAAAAGUUGUGCUUGCUACUGGUGUAAGAGAUAUGAUGGUGGAUAUCGAAGGUUACGAAGAAUGCUGGACUAAAAGCAUCUUUCACUGUCUGUUUUGCCACGGCUAUGAAUGGUCUCCUGCACAGUCAGCUUGCAUACUUGCAAUAGGCGACUGUGCAUUUCCCCAUGUAGCUCUUCACCUAGCUCGUCAAGCACUUCGACUGGCUGAAAACGUCACAAUCUAUGCGCACGGAAACAGGGCCUUAGCUAAAGAAAUAGAAGCUGCAAAAGUCGCGUCAAAUCUAGAUGUCAACUCUGAGUGUCGCAGUAAAAUUGAAGCUUGCAAUCACUCGAUUCAGAAAUUCAUUACAAAUGACGAUCCGUCGUCUGGACUCACCAUUGUCUUUGACAAAGAUGAUGGAGCGUAAUUGGGAGAUCAUGCACACGCAUUCUUAGUUCAUAAGCCAGUGACUGAGCAGACCAACAAUCUUGCUCGUAAACUUGGAAUCGAAUUAACCGAGCAAGGAGAUAUAAAGGUCACGUCCCAUUUUAAUGAGACAACUGUAAGAGGGGCUUUUGCGACUGGAGAUUGCGCGUCAAUAUUGAAGAAUGUUGAAGAAUGUUGGAGGUACUAUUUAUGGCGAGACUUGCGCUGGUGCUGGUGUCGGGUCUCAGAUCCAAGGAGAAGAUUAGACGUUUUAUUGGCUUGGAAUAGAUGUGCCGCUAUCAACUACCCAAUUCGAGAUCAAUACGCAACGAGAGAUAUCUUAAGAUCAUCACAUCAAUUUUGAGACGAAGAUCGGAGCUAGCUCUCGCAGCACUACUAUCCUAUGCCUAUUUUGAUACUUGAAUUAGAAUUCUCUUUGAAAUUGAACA